ACGCUGGCCGCCGGCGGCGUCGCCGGCGCCUGCAGCCGCACGGCCGUGGCUCCCUUGGAGCGCCUGAAGAUCUUGUUUCAGGUCCAGGGCAUCUCGGCCGGGGGCCGGCCCGUGCGGCACAGCGGCAUCCUGCGGUCGCUCGGCGACCUCGUCGUCAAGGACGGCGUGCGCGGCCUCUGGCGGGGCAACGGCCUCAACUGCGUGCGCGUCGUGCCCAGCAGCGCCAUCCAGUUCGCGACGUACGCGCUCUACAAGCGGACGUUGUUCGGCGACGACGGCGAGCCGCUCCGCGCGUGGCAAUUGAUGGUCGCCGGCGGCCUCGCCGGCGCGACGUCGACGACGUGCACCUACCCCAUCGACCUCAUGCGCGCGCGGCGCACGGUGGACUUCCGGGGCGAGGUCGACAACGGCCUGCUGCGGAACAUGGCGAACCUCGCGCGCGCCGAGGGCGUCCGCGGGUUGUUUCGAGGCCUGCUGCCGUCGCUCUGCGGCAUCAUCCCCUACAUCGGCAUCGACUUCGCCAUCUUCGACAUCCUGAAGCGGCGAUGCCGGGAGCGCGGCGUCGGCCUCGACGACCGGGGCGAGGUCCACCCCCUCACAAAGGUCGCGUGCGGCGCGGCCGCGGGCGUCUGCGGCAUGACCGUGGCCUUCCCCUUCGACACCGUGCGCCGCAACCUGCAGGUCGCGACGUUGAAGGUGCGCGGCGGCGGCACGCUGGAGACGACGAUGGCGGGCACGCUCCGGGCGAUCACGCGCGACUGGACGAUGCCGUUGAACCUGUACCGGGGCCUCGGGCCGAACUACGCCAAGGCCGCGCCGUCCGUCGGGAUCUCCUUCGCGACCUUCGAGUACGUCAAGGACCUCCUC